CAAAAAAAGACACCUGGUAGAAGCAGCAGCAGAAGUUGGCAGCUGUCUGAUGAUGAACAGGUUGAAGUUAUGGAGAGUAGACCGCUGAGACGAGCUGGAGUCCCAAACGAAAUAUGUGAGAGACUGAAACGACACGGAGUAGAGAGCUGUAAGGACCUGUUGUCUCUGACUCCUGUUGAAGUCAUGCAUGCUGCAGGGCUGAGCUACCAGAAGGCCACAGCUCUGCUACAGUCAGUGAGCAAGGCCAUCGCACCGCCUGUCACCACGGCUCUGGAGCUGUGGAAGCAACACUCAGGCUCCUGUUUCUCUACAUCACUGCCUGCUCUGGAUAAACUGCUGAGAGGAGGCCUGCCGCGCGGGACCAUCACAGAGGUGACAGGGCCGUCUGGCUGUGGGAAGACUCAGAUGUGUUUGAUGCUGAGUGUUUUGGCCACUCUGCCAAAGAGUGAGGGAGGCCUGGACAGCAGUGUGAUCUACAUCGACACGGAGUCGGCUUUCUCUGCUGAGAGGCUGGUGGAGAUCGCACAGAGCCGGUUCCCAGAAUACUUCAGCUGUAAGGAGAGAGUCCUGCAGAUGGCUGGGCGGGUCCAUCUCUUCACAGAGCUCACCUGUCAAGAUGUUCUCAACAGACUGGAGAGACUGGAAGAAGACAUCAUCUCUACUGGAGCGGGUCUAAUCAUCCUGGAUUCUGUGGCUUCAGUGGUGAGAAAGGAGAUUGACACAACGCUGCCUGGCAACCUGAUGCACCGCAGCAACCUGCUGUGCCACGAGGCCACCACCCUCAAAUACCUGGCCCACCAGUUCAACAUACCGGUGGUCCUGACCAACCAGAUCACAACUCAUGUGGGGGAUCAAGGGUCUGCCCUGCCUGCUGAAGUGGAUUCUGGGUUCGUGACUGCGGCUCUGGGGAACACAUGGAGUCACAGCGUCAACACACGUCUUAUUGUCCAGUAUGUGAACGCACAUCAGAGACAGAUAUUGAUAGCCAAGUCACCUGUGGCUCCAUUUGCUGUGCUGAACUACACCAUUCAGAAGCAGGGAAUCUGUAUAGAUGGAAACAACAGUCAGGAAACCCUGUAUGAGGGCACAGACCCAAGCCUUCAGCCAAUCAGGGUACGGACUGGAUUCAACUACAACCUGACGGGAUCUGUGGACUGAGCUGACCAAACACUGCUGUGACUCGUGUGUGUGUGUGUGUGUGUGUGUGUGUGUGUGUGUGUGUGUGUGUGUGUGUGUGUGUGUGUGUGUGUGUGUGUGUGUGUGUGUGUGUACAGAGUCAUUAUCCAAAGCUGUGCCCACAUAGACUGACCUUCUGACCUUAACCCUAAAACCACAUUUUAAGCAUCACUCAGCCAUUUAAAUUUGUGGGAUCCAGCAGUGUAGUCCCCAUAAAGCAGUUGGGCCCCACAAGUAUAGUGGACUCCCAGUUUUCAGACCCCACAAAUAUAGUAAACACAUGCACACACCGUAUGAAAUGAAAACACUUGGGAUGAAGGCCACUGUCAUACUCUCUCUCUCUCUCUCUCUCUCUCUCUCUCUCUCUCUCUCUCUCUCUCUCUCUCUCUCUCUCUCUCUCUCUGUGUGUGUGUGAGUGAGUGUGAGAGUCAUAGUCAGAUACCACACAUACUCCCCUCUGUGAUGACUGAACUGGCUGAGGUACAGUAAGUUUAGAAUCCAGGACACUGGCUGGAAAACUGAAGCAGGGAGUGGGGGCCCUGGUGGCCUGAUGGUUAAGGCACAUACCAAAUACUGUAACCACAAUGUUCAUGGUUCAGUUCCAGUCCAGGUCUCUCGUUACAUAUCAUACACUCCUCUCUCUUUCCCCACAUUCCUGUCUCCUUACAGUAACUAUGAAAUAAAAUGCCAAAUAAAUGAAUAAAAACACGAGGGAGUGUUUCCUGCCAAAGGGUUUAAUCCACUCACUUUUGACUCAUUUUGACUCAUUGUAAUCUUCUCAGUUUACUGUGUAAAUAGAGGACAAUAUACAGAACUUUUCUGUUCUAUGUCAGAAGGUACC